AGUGUAUGAAUGCAGUGCUAUUAAGGGUCUUCCCUGUCCUAUCCUUAAUCACUAUACACUGUCAAAAAAAAUAAAAAAUUCAUUUCCUUAGCAGCUCGAUGGCUGCUGCACUCUCGCUCGAUCUGUUGCCAGAAAAUCCAAGUCAAAGGAUGCAUCCAUUAAUUUGAGCUCUCACGUUCAACAAUGAACUUGAUGACCAGCCAAGACAAUAAGGCCUCACAUGCUGCCCCUAUCCUUCCUUAUAUAUAGCAACCCUGGAGCAUAUCAUUUCUCACAAAACAGAAAAUAGUUGUCAGAUUUCCCAAACAUGAAAGCCCUCUUCAUCUCCUUACUUGUUCUCAAUCUCCUUUCACUCUCCUUUUCAGAACUUUGCAAUCCCCACGAUAAAAAAGUUCUCCUCCAAAUUAAAAACCAUUUUGGUGAUCCUUACCUCCUAGCCUCAUGGCUAUCGGACACGGACUGCUGCACAUCUUGGAACGCGGUGGAGUGUGACCCUACCACCAACCGCAUUGUUUCCCUAAGAAUCUUUUCUGGCGACCUUUCUGGUGAAAUCCCUGCUGAAGUUGGGGACUUGCCCUAUCUCGAGACCCUUGAGUUCCACAAGCUGACAAAUAUUACAGGCCCGAUACCGCCCUCCAUUUCCAAUCUCAUACAUCUCAUUUCACUCAGACUUAGCCGACUCAACCUCACUGGCCCAGUACCUGACUCUCUUAGCAAACUCAAGAAUCUGAGAGUAUUGGUCCUGUCUUUCAACAGCCUCUCAGGAUCAAUACCAAGUUCACUCGCUUUAAUGCCGGAAAUUGAUAUUCUUGAAUUGGAUAGGAAUAAUCUUACUGGUCCAAUCCCAGAAUCAUUUGGCAACUUUGCAGGCAGAGUACCGGGUAUUUCCCUGUCUCAUAACCAACUUUCUGGUAAAAUCCCUGCUUCAUUAGACAACACAGACUUUCGUUUGAUUGAUUUCUCACGCAACAAACUUGAAGGUGAUGCUUCCAUGCUUUUUGGGCCAAACAAAACUAGUGGAAGUGUGGAUCUCUCCAGGAAUUUGCUGGAGUUUAAUCUUUCAAAGGUGGUGUUUCCCAACACUUUGACAUAUUUGGAUGUUAAUCACAACAAGAUUUUCGGGAGCAUUCCUACUCAGAUGACUCAGUUAAAUUACCUGUCCUUGAACGUGAGUUACAACAGGCUUUGCGGUCAGAUUCCCCAAGGUGGUAAAUUACAGACCUUAGAUUACACCGCAUAUUUCCAUAACAGGUGCUUGUGCGGCGCUCCACUGGCAAGCUGCAAAUAGGCAGUGGCCUGAGUAUGGAUUUGCCACUUAGAUGUACCUUGAAGUGGUAUGAGUUUUUUUUUUUAAAGUAUCUUUUUCUUUCGUUUCUCCAAACAAUUAUCAGUUAAAUAAACCAAUACAGGCCUGGGAGACAUGAGGCAAGGCAAUGUCUGUAUCCUGACAUUUCCUUUUUAUGAUUCUAUGGAGAUGGGGGAGACUGCCAAACAUUCUCAUAAGCUGCUUUUCCAGCUCCUCAACAAAAGGUCCAAAAUGCCAAAGUUUACAGGCAGCUGAAGCUACCAUGUACUAAUAAAGAAUAUCAGACGAGCUUCUAAAUGCUAGGAGUUCCGUCUUCCUCCACUUCUUUACUCUGGGUCUCUAAAUAAUGCCAACGAUUGCAAAUUCUAUUUUC